AUGAAGAUCUUAUCAGAUGAUGAGAAAAAUGCUCAUUUUAAUCAUGUUUUAUCAGAAGGUUUUAAAGGAUUAGUAUAUGGAGGAGCUUUAUCAGCAGGUAUAUUUUCAUUCUUAAAAUUUAAAAGACCAACAACUUUUGCAAGUUUUAGUCCAAGUAUUAAAGCUGCAAUUUUAACAAUGCCAACAAUUGCAUUAGGAGCAUUUUGGGCAGAUCAAGGAUCAUGGGAAUUCGAUAAAAUGAUGCAUCAAUCUGAAUAUAAUGAAUCUGAAAUAUUAAAAAAGCAUAAAGAAUUUAAUCAAUUAUCAACAACUGAUAAAAUUAUAACAAAAUUGAAUGAACAUAAGUAUGAAAUUAUUGUUGGAAUUUGGGGAGCAAGUUUAUAUGGAAGUUGGGUCAUUAUAAACAGAGAUAAAUAUAUGACAACAGCUCAAAAGCUUGUGCAAGCCCGUGUGGUUUCGCAGUUUAUCUCAAUAUUAUUAUUAUUGGCAACACUUGGUUUGAGUAUGAGAGAUGCUGAAAUUAAAAAAAAUCAACCAAAACCUAUACCAGAAUGGAGAAAAGUUUUAGAAGAACAAGGAAAAUCUAAAUAG